AUGGGUAAGAACAAGAUGGGCGAUUCGGGAAGUGAGUACUUUGGUCUUGCCACUCCCGGGGCCCGCAAGAAUUUGCAGUGCUGUGGUUGGCGGGUGGAGAACAGCCGCUCGUUGAGCGGGAUUGAGGGCGUCAAGCAUAAACGCGCUGGGUCACAGUCACAUGCUCGUCACACUACUCAACCAACAACGAUGUCACUGUCAGAAACCCUCCAAACCGCUUUGCAACAGGCCCAGCUGGAUCUUCCUGGCAGAGUCGCACAAUUCAAUGCUGUGGAAGUAAAUCUGGAGAAACUGGAUGUGAAGGACCCUGCAGUAGUCCUCCAAGAUCUGAAUGCUCAAACGGCCCACCUUCGCAAACUCAAGUUCCAACAACUGGAACAGAACGCCAAGGCAAAGUAUAUCCGGAACAUUGUAACAGACAUCGACGACGCUGCCUUCGUAACGGAGGAGGACAACAAAGCACUCGAUGCGCUCGCUGCGAAGAAGAAGCAGGACCUCAGCCUCGCAAAGAAAGAACUAGCGGAGGGAAGGAAAGAAUACUGCGAACUAGCUCCCCGAGUCGAGGCAGGUUGGGUCCAUCUUUCUUUAGACGGAGCAGCGCCUCAUCCACCCUCAGAACACAAACGGCUCAAGGACGCUGCAAUGAAAGCCGCUGAUUUGACGCAGAAGAUAAUCGAUGCCCGGCUAGCUCUUGCACGCCUACGUCAGGCUCAUCCAAAACCACACCUUACUAUCGCUGGCGCGGAACAGAGGUUAACUGACCAAGUCGAGGAGAUGCAGGUGCUGGAGGAGGAGAAGUCGGACGCAGAGCGAGAAGUGGCCGGAAUGAAAAGAACGCUGAAGAACACGACACAAGAGGUGGAAAAGUUAAGAGUCGAUCGUGCAGAAACAGAAAAAGCUGUCAAAGCCUCCAGAGUAGAUGAGGACGAUGCACAACUAAUGCCACUAUACCACAGUCAUCUCGAGUCCCUCAAGCUGCAGAAAUCAAUUGUUGGGCUUCACGACUGGGAACAUGGCGCCGAAAACGAACUGCAAUUGAACUACAUUGUUGAACAACAACCCAUCUCCAUUCUACUCACAUAUCAUCCAAAUACCCGACAAUUAGCCAACGUUCAAGUGUCUGGACUCGAAGAGCGGGGCGUAGAUGUCAGCGAAGUGGUGUUCAAGUAUACCGAUUCCAACGAUGUUCAAGGGCUGAUAGCUGCAGUGCUAUCCAUCGCCCGGGCCGCUACCAUAUAA